AUGAGCAACUCAAAUCAGCCAGCUGACCCUGUUCCUGAUGGGAUUCUAGCUACUGCAAAGCAGGCUUGGGGCGACCUAUUCAGAUGGGAACAGCGCGUCGUUGUAACCAACGAGUCUGGUGAAACUCACACUGAAUGGCAAGCGCCCGAGCCUAUCCAAAACCCUAUCAGCCUCUGUAUGCAGCUUACUGCGCGAGAUUGGCUCUUUUUCCUUGUCGGCUUCGUGGCAUGGACUGCUGAUGCAUUUGACUUCCAUGCUCUCUCCAUCCAGACUGUGAAAUUGUCCAAAUACUAUGGCCGCUCCAAGACCGAUAUAUCUACUGCUAUCACCCUGACUCUGCUCCUGCGAAGCAUUGGAGCUGCUUUCUUCGGUUUGGCCGGUGACAAAUUUGGCCGGAAGUGGCCCAUGGUCAUGAACAUGAUAGUACUUGGAAUCCUCCAGAUCGCCACCAUCUACAGUGCAACCUUUCAGCAAUUUCUAGCUGUUCGGUCCCUGUUUGGGCUCUUUAUGGGAGGUGUAUAUGGUAAUGCUAUAGCUAUGGCAUUGGAGCAUUGCCCUGUCAAUGCCCGUGGGUUGAUGUCAGGGGUGCUACAGCAAGGCUAUUCAUGUGGCUACGUGUUCGCGGCAUGCGCUAAUCUCGGGGUGGGAGGUGGGACGGACAGUUGGAAGACAGUCUUCUGGAUCGCAGCUGGUCUUUCGAUUGGCGUGGGAAUCAUCCGUAUCUUCUUCCCUGAGUCCAGGCAAUUCCUCGAGGCCAAGAAGGCAGGAAAGAAAUCCACCGAUGCAGGGGCCUUCUGGCGUGAAACAAAGCAGAUGCUAGCUCAGGAGUGGAAGAUGUGUGUCUACUGUGUCAUCUUGAUGACUUGGUUCAACUACUACUCCCACACCUCGCAGGAUUCAUAUACUACAUUCAUGUUGACACAGAAGGAGAUGAAAAAUGAUGGAGCCUCACGCGCAUCGAUCCUCAUGAAAACAGGCGCAUGUGUGGGUGGUACGAUCAUUGGAUACUUGUCGCAGUUCUUCGGACGGCGUCGAGCCAUUAUUGUCUCUGCCUUGAUCUCCGGGGUUCUCAUCCCUGCUUGGAUCCUCCCUCAGGGUGAACGAGCUCUGAGUGCCACCGGAUUCUUCAUGCAGUUCUUUGUGCAGGGCGCCUGGGGUGUCAUUCCCAUCCAUCUGAAUGAACUUUCUCCACCAGCUUUCCGGUCAUCUUUCCCAGGUAUCACAUACCAAGUUGGAAACAUGAUUUCUUCUCCGUCCGCUCAGAUUGUCAAUGCUAUUGCCGAAAAGACGAUGCUGACGGCUCCAACUGGGGAACGGGUUCCUGCAUACGGCCCAGUCAUGGGUGUCGCGACUGCUAUCAUUGCACUGGGGAUUGCGGUCACUACGGCGUUUGGUCCGGAGAAGCGCGGUCGUCGGUUCGAAACAGCAGUUGCAGGCGUUCAGCCAGCCCUGUCGCAAAAGGAAAUCGAUCUUGAAGGAGGCUUGGAAAAGGAUUACCAGACAACGGAGCAGAGAAUCGAGGAAGUAAAGAAAUUCUAA